GAUAUUAAACACAUAAAGUGGGAGUUCGUAAACAUGUUUGGUUUUUGUAAUUAUUUAUAAAUCGUGGAUCAAAAUCAAAGUUAAUAUUGACCACUAAAGUUGGCUGGGAUGAUUGUGAACCGAAACUAAAAAGACAACAUGGCAGGUCACUGUGAGGACAACAUGUUUACCUGCAUCGUCUGUGGUAGAUCUGGAAUGUCUGAGAAUGAGAUGAAGUCGCACAUCACAGAACAUGAGGAGGACACCGUCUGCCCAUACUGUGACCAGAUCUGGGAGAGCGUGGCAGGACGAGACAGACAUGUUAAUGAUGAACACAGGGACUUCCUCACUCAGAGUCCAUCUGAGCACGAUGGCCACACAGGUAGGAAUGAUUCUGAGGAUGGUGACAAGCCCAUGGUGAAUGGACAUCUUGAGACACAUUUAAAUACUGACAGUGUUUUUCCAUGUGCUGCCAGCCAGCCUGUUUGUGAAACUUCCAUUCCAUAUAAUAAUCUCAGCAAUGAUUUCAAAGAAACAGAUGAUAGAAAGCAUGGUGCAUAUGAGUCUUUAUCUUCCAGUCUCAAUGCACAUGGGGUAGAUGAGUCUGGAUCUUCCAGUCAGAGUAUACAUGGGGCAGACGAGUCUUUAUCUUCCAGUUCAAGCCAGCAUGGAGCAUACAAGUCUGUAUCUUCCAGUGCAAGCAGCGAUCUUCAGACUGCUUGUGAUAUAGACAAGGAAAAUAUAGCCAUGUCCUCUGAAGACGGGCGGUCUAAACUCUUCCUUGAUGUACCUCACACAUCAGGCUUCGGUAGUAAGGCAGACGUUUCGCCUGGUGUGAGUUUCUCCUGUCCGUUCUGCUCUUUCUGUACAAACUCCGAGGCCUUCAUUGAGCGGCAUGUGAAUCAUGAACACAGUGACAUCCUCAGUCCAGGGACCAGUGGCACGGACUCGUCCAGGAGCACUGAGGACUAUGGGAUGUUGUAUUCCUGUCCGUUCUGUGCAGCAAGUCUGGACACUCCCCGCUGCCUGGAGGCACACAUCAGUGCCAUGCAUGCAGACGUGUUGACCCCAGUUAAAUGGGGUCCUGCCCUUCCAGGGACAAGCCAGAUGGCAGACGGUGGUGGUGAUCUCUUGGUGUGUCCGGUGUGUGAGAAACGGUGUUCAGACCCACACUCACUGUCCAGACAUGUGGACGGACAUUUUUCUGCUGAACAAACUCCAGACCGUGUGAUGUCAGAUAAACAACUGGCGGAAGAGAUUCAUCGACGGGAAGUAGAAGCAGCAAACCGGGACAACAAGGACUUUCACUCUCUACAGGUUAAGUACGGCAUGGAUGAGAGGACGGGCUACAAGCAGCAGUAUGAGCAGAGUCUUGAGCGGGCUGUGCGGAAGGGAGACAUCUCUGUCGUGGAGUACCACUCACAGAAAGCCACCAUGCAGAGCAACGACCUCAGUGGAGUUGACGACGGACAUUCAUGUACUAAAGAUUUGAUUCAGCGACUGAACCACUAUCACAAGUACACCCCAGGGUUUGUGAUGCGGGCGUGGCUCUGUUCGGCUGUCGACCACUACAGCGGCUCAUAUGGCGACAAGGGCUGGGGUUGCGGCUACCGCAAUCUGCAGAUGUUACUGUCCUCGCUCGUCCAGGAUCCAAUGUACCGCAGAAUUCUCUUUAACGACAAUCCCCAGAUUCCAUCCAUUCCAAAGAUCCAGUCUUUGAUCGAGGUUGCAUGGACCGAAGGAUUUGACAGACAGGGUUGUGAGCAGCUGGGAGGUCGUGUGGUCAACACUCGCAAGUGGAUUGGAGCCACUGAAAUAGUCGCACUGCUGUCUGCAUUUAAAAUAAAGUGCAAGCUUUUGGACUUCCAUAGUCCGUCUGGUAAAGAUGGGACCCACCCAAAGCUGUUUGAGUGGGUUAAGAACUACUUUGAGAAUCAGGAUACAUUCAGGCUACCACUGUAUCUGCAGCAUCAAGGUCACAGUAGAACUGUGAUUGGUGUGGAGGAGAUGAAAGACAAGUCUCUACGUCUGCUCCUGUUUGACCCGAGCUCAUCCAAGCGCCACAUGGAGCAGUUCUACGGUAAAGUGACUGGCUACCUGAUGAAGAGUCUGCGGAGAACCAUCAACGGCCUGAGAGCCAAGCAGUACCAGAUUGUAGCGGUGACCGGGGUUCUCACGGACCAACAAUAUGAGGAAUACAAGGUUCUGAAGUCUGAGAAAGUUAGCUGAGAUAACCCCAAACAUGGUAGCUACUGGCAAAGAGUAUCUUGUGUUGACGAACUUUAGAAUACUGGUCCACCAUUGUGUCUCCAUCCCAGGAUUUCUCUCCAACAUCAGUUUCACUCCAAGAAUUUGCAUUAUUCUGACAACCGAGUAGUCUUUUAUGCAAUGAAUUUUACACACAUCUACCGGUAUUGUUAGUAUUGUUGUACACGAAGAUAUGAUCAUCAUGCCAGUAAUGUAUCAUCUUUAAAAUGACAUUAACUAACCUAUUAGCAGUAACAUGCUAGUCAAGUAUGUGGACUAUUAACAAAUUUCAUUGUAGUUUUACAGUAUUUGUAACUUCAUUGUUAAAAAUCUGUUGGAGCUUGUAUUACAAACAUUUUAUGCCAUUAUUUAAAUGACUAAAAAAUACAUUCCAUGGAGCUUCAUUUCUCACAAAUGAUAUUUCCUAGAGCAAUGAAACUUGGUUUAUAGUUACAUCUAUGUAUGAUCAUUUCAAUGUUUUUUAAUUUGUUUAAUUUAAAAUAAAAAUCAUUUAAAUACUCA